UGUAUUUUUUUGUAGCGACCAGGUUUUCCCACAUUGCCUGGGCUGUUCUCAAAUUCCUGUGCUCAAGCGAUGCUCCUGCCUUAGCCUCCUAAAGUGCUGGGAUUACAGGUGUGAACCACUGUGCCUGGCCUCACCCUUGGAAGAUUUUAGGUCUAGAUACUGUUGAUGAAACAAAGAGCAGUGACAGACCGCUCUGAGUGGAGUCCGGAGAGCUGAUGUAGUCCUAGGAAGCCUUUCAAGUGCUGUAUUCUACCUUCAUUGGGAAUCAGAGUUUAGGAAUCUGUCUAAGGUGCUUUACUUCCUGGAGUGUUUUUCUCUCGUCAGACACACUCCCUGGUAGCUGGAGCUCUGUACUCCUUUUACUUGCAGUUUGUACAGAGGGUUGAGGGUGGAGAAAAAUCCCACUCUGUGGAUAAGUUCUCUGGAACACCUCCCUACCUCUCUGAAAGGUCACUCUUCUUGGUUGCCCCAGAGGCUUGCAGGAGGGGCUAGAGCUUCUAAAACCAAAACUUUCACUUCACACAUCAGUGAUUCUGCACUGUCAUAUCUGCAGCAAAACUGACCUCCAGGGCUUUCCCAGAAGCACUGCAGCUUUCUUUACAUAGUCUCAUCUGCCCGCCUUUUCGAGGCAGACUUCUCCUCCUGCCAAGCGGGGGCUAUUUGGUAUGGUCUUGAGCCCUCCUCCCCUGCACACAUGUGUGCCCCUUUUCUUCUCUCUUCUCCUUUCUUAGGUGGCCUGAGUAUGGAAGUUUAGUUGUAGGGAAAGGUAGUGCUGCUCCAAGGUGAGCAAGGCUCCUUCAGGGCCACUGACCUCUCUGUUUCCCCUGCCACCUGCCUCCACUCCAUGUGCUACUUCCUGGGCCAGAUCCUGCAGCCUGGUGUGGGACAGGCAGGAAGUCGUGGCGGGGCAGGGCUGAGGAGUGCCCUUUGGAGUGGCUCCCACUUGUUCCCUGAAGGCUGGGCCCUGGCUCCAUGGUGGCAGGCUCUUCUAGGAAUGUGCUCCCCAGCUGGGUUUUCUGGUUGGUUGGGAACAUCCCUGGGCUGGUCUGCACCAGCUCUCAGGGGCUCACUCUGGGCUGGCCUAAGGCCAGCUGCAGGGGCUGGGCUCUCAGGGGAGGGUCAGGAUGGCCACAGGUCUGCAGAGGAACUUGGCAGCUUUGGGCACUGGAGACCAAAUGGCUUUGCUUUUGCUUCCCUCACUUGGCUGUCUUGUCAGUGGGAGGGAAGAAAUCAGGCAAAUGAAAAAAGUAAAAAGGUUCUACCCUGAUCCUCUGCCAGGAGUCUUGAGAGUCUUGCCUCUGCUUAGGGGUCUGCAUGCCUGAGCACUGCAGUUCCUCAAUUGCUCACUGCCUUCCUCUGGGGGAGGAGCAGAGAGGUAACAGAUGUUUGGCUUGCCCUGUGUCCUGGUGCAAUUCACUUAACCUCUCUGAACCUCAGAUGAGAAAACCUCAGUAUUCUCAUCCACAGAAUGAGAAGGGUAAAACUCUCGCAUGCAGAGCUGUUCAGGAGACUGUACGAAGUGCUCUGAGAACUGCCAGGAACAGUACUGUCAUCAUGGAUGCUAAAUCUGGGAACCUGGGCUUUUUUUUCUGUAGAAGGUGGUUUCCCUAGCUCCACUCUUCACUUAUUAUAAUCACAGAAUCCUGGAUCUUCAACUGGAAGGGAUAUCCUCUGGCAUAAUUAUCUGUAUUUUGCAGAUAAGAUUAUUGUAAGUGUUCCUUAUUUUGACAUAUCUGUCGUAACAUCGUGGAAAUAGGCCCUUUUCCUCUUGGGGAGGUGUGACUUCCAGGUGUAGGCAGGUGCUCCAGCCAGCAGAGGUGGAAGAGGACAGGACAGCCAUGCCCGUUAGGAGCAAGUGCAGGUUUUGCAGAGUUUCUAAGCAGAAGAUCCAAGUUUUGCCUGUGUCCUCCACUCCCCACCCUGGCCCUGUAAGCUCAGUGAGUGUGUGAGAAUCAUAUUCUGCUGCCCCUCCCUCCUCCCUGAGAAAGUGAGGGAUGCACCUGGUUCUCAGGUCUGGCCACAGCGUUUUGAAAAGUAGCUGCCAGGACACACUGUAUUCUUCGGUGGUUUUUCUUUCAAAGGAAAAAUCUCCUUCUGACCCAUCUCCUUGAAAAACAGCCACCACCACCACCACCACACCAAAAAACUUGGAAGAACAGGACUCCCUCCCCUGAAUUUUCCCCUGGCCCUAGAGCCGAAUUGAAUGUAGGGGCCAGAACCAACCUCCUGAGCUGCAAAAAUGUUUCCUGUCUUUCCACCAGUCAGGCAAGGAGGCAUCAAGGCUUGGGGCAGAGAAUCGAUCAGGGGGAUAUUUAGGGAAGGCAGGGGAAAAUGUGAGUAUGGAGUGAAAAGCAGCAACUCUGGCCUGAGCUGCCAGAAUUAAAUCCAGAUUUUCCUCACGUAAGUGGUGGAGAUGUAGGCCCUUUCUAGGGACUGAGGCUAGUUUCUCAAUAACCUUUACAUGCACCAGGACGCUGGUGAGCCAGAAAGUGAAACCUGGGGAGUCUGUUAAUAAAGUGCCUCGGAGAGGACCGUGCAGGAUUUACCGUAUCCAAAACCAGAGUGAGUUUCUUUGUGGAAGAAAGCGACUUGUGUCUUCCCCAACAUCACACACAGACUUUCCUGGCAGGCUCGAUGGGUUUCCAAACAUUUCGUCACCGUCUCCUCCUGACCUUGUGUGAAAGGAACUAGCAGCAUGGCCCGUGGGUUCCAGCAAAGCCAUCGGGGGCGCCAGCCUGGGCGGGGGGAGGGUGGCGACCGACUUGUGAGUGGAGGUGAGGUCUGUUGGAAAUCCCCAGCCCCGGCCGCCGCCUGAGGUUUAAAGACGCCUUCCCCAGCCUUAUUUGGUCGCAGGAAGUGGGCGGCGCCGGGCCUGCUGGCUGAGGCCGCCCCGAGACAGUUGUGCUGAUGAAGUGGUAGAGCUGGUUCCUGCUCGCCGCGGUGCCGCGCGCGCCGGCCGGCCGCUGGGCGCUCCGCGCUCCCAGCCUCGAGUUGUGCAAUCCUUUGUAGCACGCCAGAGAGUCCUCCUCCUUCGCUGUUGCCUCUCGCCCUCUUCUGUCUUUUUUUUUUUCAAGCUGUGAGCUCAACCGAUGAGUCAGAGCCGUGCAAUCCUGACACUGCAUCGCAGGACUGGGGGUGACACGGAGGGAGGGAGAGUGCUCGCGAGGCGGACAGCAGGGGCGCGCCGAAGCUCCUGCAUCGUGAGCGGGGGGGUGACAGCCCGCGCGUCCCGCCCGGGCCCUGCCAGCAAACUUCCAGCCUCCGGGGUGCGGGCUGGCGAAGCCCCGCGAGCGCCGCGGGGAGGCGACGGCGCCUGUUUGUUUUUAAAAUCGGGAGUGCGUGCAGGCGGCUGGAGUCCCGGAGGCGACCUAAGGCGGCGGCCCACGGUGGAAGGGGGACAGCCCAGGCCGGAGCCCGGGCAGGAGCUGGGCACCAGGACUCUGUGGAGCAUCAUGAACUGAGAAGAGUAACUGAGCCCCAGAGCCUCUCUGGAAGAGGAAGGAAGAGCCAGCAGUUCUUUAUCCCAGUGCCCGACCACAUUGUCCAGCAUCUUCCUCUGUCCCUGCUCUGCCCUCCCUGGCCCCUGGACUAGAGCCCAGCUUCCAGCAGGACAUUUCACCAGGGGAUGGGCGACUGGUGAAGUGGAUCUCACUGCCAGGGCUCAGUUGGCCACAUCAUGAACCUCCAGGCCCAGCCCAAGGCUCAGAACAAGCGGAAGCGUUCCCUCUUCAGCAGCCAGGAACCAGCUCCCAAGGAGCAGCCCCCUCCCCUGCAGCCCCCCCAGCAGUCCAUCAGAGUGAAGGAGGAGCAGUACGUCGGACAUGAGGGCCCAGGAGGGGCAGCCUCCACCUCUCAGCCUGUGGAACUGGCCCCUCCCAGCAGCCUGGCCCUGCUGAACUCUGUGGUGUAUGGGCCUGAGCGGACCUCAGCAGCCAUGCUGUCCCAGCAGGUGGCCUCAGUAAAGUGGCCCAACUCUGUGAUGGCUCCAGGGCGGGGCCCAGAUCGCGGAGGAGGUGGGGGUGUCAGUGACGGCAGCUGGCAGCAGCAGCCAGGCCAACCUCCUCCCCAUUCAACAUGGAACUGCCACAGUCUGUCCCUCUACAGUGCACCCAAGGGGAGCCCUCAUCCUGGAGUGGGAGUCCCGACUUACUAUAACCACCCUGAGGCACUGAAGCGGGAGAAAGCAGGGGGCCCACAGCUGGACCGCUAUGGAAAUGUGCGGCCAAUGAUGCCACAGAAGGUGCAGCUGGAGGUAGGGCGGCCCCAGGCACCCCUGAAUUCUUUCCAUGCAGCCAAGAAACCCCCAAACCAGUCGCUGCCCCUGCAACCCUUCCAGCUGGCAUUUGGCCACCAGGUGAACCGGCAGGUCUUCCGGCAGGGCCCACCGCCCCCAAACCCAGUGGCCGCCUUUCCCCCGCAGAAGCAGCAACAGCAGCAUCAGCAGCAGCAACAGCAUCAGCAGCAGCAACAGCAGCAGCAGCAGGCGGCCCUACCCCAGAUGCCACUCUUUGAGAACUUCUACCCCAUGCAGCAGCCACCCUCACAGCAACCCCAGGACUUUGGCCUGCAGCCAGCUGGGCCACUAGGACAGUCCCACCUGGCUCACCACAGCAUGGCACCCUACCCCUUCCCCCCAAACCCUGAUAUGAACCCAGAACUGCGCAAGGCCCUCCUGCAGGAGUCAGCCCCGCAGCCGGCGCUACCUCAGGUCCAGAUCCCUUUCCCUCGCCGCUCCCGCCGCCUCUCUAAGGAGGGUAUCCUGCCUCCUACUGCCCUGGAUGGGGCUGGCACCCAACCUGGGCAGGAGCCCACUGGCAACCUGUUCCUACAUCACUGGCCCCUACAGCAGCCACCACCUGGCGCCCUGGGGCAGCCCCAUCCUGAAGCACUGGGAUUCCCGCUGGAGCUGAGGGAGUCGCAGUUAUUGCCUGAUGGGGAGAGACUAGCACCCAAUGGCCGGGAGCGAGAGGCUCCUGCCAUGGGCAUCGAGGAGGGCAUGAGGGCAGUGAGCACAGGGGACUGUGGGCAGGUGCUACGGGGCGGCGUGAUCCAGAGCACGAGACGGAGGCGCCGGGCAUCCCAGGAGGCCAAUUUGCUGACCCUGGCCCAGAAGGCGGUGGAGCUGGCCUCGCUGCAGAAUGCAAAGGAUGUCAGUGGCUCUGAAGAGAAGCGGAGAAGUGUAUUGGCCUCAACUACCAAGUGUGAGGUGGAGUUUUCUGAGCCUGCCUUAGCCACCAAGCGAGCGCGAGAAGACAGCGGGAUGGUACCCCUCAUCAUCCCAGUGUCUGUGCCUGUGCGGACUGUGGACCCAACUGAGGCAGCCCAGGCUGGAAGUAUUGAUGAGGAUGGGCAGGGUCCUGACCAGAACUCCACUGAGCACAAGCCAUCGGUCAUCGUCACCCGCAGGCGGUCCACCCGAAUUCCUGGGACAGAUGCUGCAGCUCAGGCAGAGGACAUGAAUGUCAAGCUGGAGGGGGAGCCUUCUGUGCGGAAACCAAAGCAGCGGCCCAGGCCGGAGCCCCUCAUCAUCCCCACCAAGGCGGGCACUUUCAUCGCCCCUCCCGUCUACUCCAACAUCACCCCAUACCAGAGCCACCUGCGCUCUCCUGUGCGUCUAGCUGACCACCCCUCUGAGCGGAGCUUUGAGCUGCCCCCCUACACACCACCCCCCAUCCUCAGCCCUGUGCGGGAAGGCUCUGGCCUCUACUUCAAUGCCAUCAUAUCAACCAGCAGCAUCCCAGCCCCUCCUCCCAUCACGCCCAAGAGUGCCCAUCGCACACUGCUCCGGACUAACAGUGCUGAAGUCACCCCGCCUGUCCUCUCUGUGAUGGGGGAGGCCACCCCAGUGAGCAUCGAGCCACGGAUCAAUGUGGGCUCCCGGUUCCAGGCGGAAAUCCCCUUGAUGAGGGACCGUGCCCUGGCAGCUGCAGACCCCCACAAGGCCGACUUGGUGUGGCAGCCAUGGGAGGACCUAGAGAGCAGCCGGGAGAAGCAGAGACAAGUUGAAGACCUGCUGACAGCUGCCUGCUCCAGCAUUUUCCCUGGUGCUGGCACCAACCAGGAGCUGGCCCUGCACUGUCUGCACGAGUCCAGGGGAGACAUCUUGGAAACGCUGAAUAAGCUGCUACUCAAGAAGCCCCUGCGGCCCCACAACCAUCCACUGGCAACUUAUCACUACACAGGCUCCGACCAGUGGAAGAUGGCCGAGAGGAAGCUGUUCAACAAAGGCAUUGCCAUCUACAAGAAGGAUUUCUUCCUGGUGCAGAAGCUGAUCCAGACCAAGACCGUGGCCCAGUGCGUGGAGUUCUACUACACCUACAAGAAGCAGGUGAAAAUCGGCCGCAACGGGACUCUAACCUUUGGGGAUGUGGAUACGAGCGAUGAGAAGUCGGCGCAGGAAGAGGUUGAAGUGGAUAUUAAGACUUCCCAAAAGUUCCCAAGGGUGCCUCUUCCCAGAAGAGAGUCCCCAAGUGAGGAGAGGCUGGAACCCAAAAGGGAGGUGAAGGAGCCAAGGAAGGAAGGGGAGGAGGAGGUGCCAGAGAUCCAGGAGAAGGAGGAGCAGGAAGAGGGGCGAGAGCGCAGCAGGCGGGCAGCGGCAGUCAAAGCCACGCAGACACUACAGGCCAAUGAGUCGGCCAAUGACAUCCUCAUCCUCCGGAGCCACGAGUCCAACGCCCCUGGGUCUGCCGGUGGCCAGGCCUCGGAGAAGCCAAGGGAAGGGACAGGGAAGUCACGAAGGGCACUGUCCUUUUCAGAGAAGAAGAAAAAACCAGAGACAUUCAUUAAGACCCAGAAUCAGGAGAACACUUUCCCCUGUAAAAAAUGUGGCAGGGUGUUUUACAAGGUGAAGAGCCGCAGUGCGCACAUGAAGAGCCACGCGGAGCAGGAGAAGAAGGCUGCGGCGCUGAGGCUGAAGGAGAAGGAGGCUGCCGCUGCCGCGGCCCACCAGCAGGCCCUGCAGGAGGAGAGCGGCGCUGGCGCGGGCGACAAGGGCUGAGCUCCUGAGCCCGGCCCUUCCCGCACCAACACCAGUGCCCGCAGACACCCUGGCACCUCAAGAGGGAGUGAGGAGAGGAUUGCAGGGACUUUUCCCUGUGAAACAAAUGAGACAAUGAAAUAAACGGCUCUUUUAUUUAUGAAGGCCCCGGGAGCAGCGUUAAGGGCUGCAGGAUCCAGUUCUCUUUGCAUUUGGUCUGUCGGAAGUUGUCUUCGUGCUUUCUUGGACCGUGCUUUCUUGGACCAGGAGAGUCCCGGUCCUCUUGGGAGGGGCUCCGCCGCCUCUCACACUCCGAUCUCUGCUGCUGUCUCUUCCCUCCUCUUUGCCUCCCCCCUCCCCUCUGCCUCCAGGAAGCCACCGUGGCCAGCCAAGCACAAGCUCACCCCCAUUGCAGCAGUAUUCCUCCUCCCCAGAGGACCUUGAAGGUUGCACCGGCCCUGCCCCAAGCCCCAGAAAAAGGGACUCUUGGAGGGAGUAUGCUGGCUUCUCCGAAAAGGGGCGGAGCCUGACACCUGUGCUGUCCCUGCAGUGUCCAGGCCUGCCUGAGCUGCACCUGUGACAGUGUCCUGAGUGGCCACCUCCUCCCUGGGAGGGAGGCCGCAACAGGUACUCUCCCUUUGCUGCUUGCCGGCGGCGCUGCUGGGGCUAGAAAGUUUUCUCAGCGUUGGGGAAGGGGCUAACGUUCUUGUCAAAGCACUCAUCCUGCUGCCGGGAAGGGAGCUGUACAGAGGCUGGAAGCUGCAGGGCUAGGCCGGAGAGAGCUUUUUACAAGCCUGGCUCUUCCUGCUUCCCACCUUUUUUGCCAAAUACCUUUGGGUCCUGGAGGCUGCCAAGGGUUCUCCCCCUUGAGCAGGUGCGGGAGAGGCUCAGCCUGCUCCUCCUGGGGGCCAGCCUCCUCGCCUCUGUCCUGCCCUCAGCAGCUAUACCUAACCCCACGGCACCCCACCCAGUGUCGAUAUUCACAGCCCAGUCCCCAGGCCUGCAUGCUGGAGAUUUCUGGAUCCUUCCCUGGGAGGAAGAGUUCUCCUAACUCGAUUAGACAGGAGCCUUCAUUCCUUGACUCGUGUCAUUUGGGAGCUAUUUAUUUAUUCUUAGUAUUUAAGUUUUAACAUCCUCUCAGGGACCAGGGGCCUCCUGCUUUUCAGAGGCCCAAGUGCAUUUAUCCCAAAAGGAGGCAUCUUCUUGACAUCCCCCAUCCCCAACCCCCUGAAUUCCCAAGGCCCUAAGGUCCCUUGCCUGGUUGCUCUGGAAGCUCUUGCCAAUAGGAA